AUGGCUGGAAAUGUAGCCAUGGAGGAAUCUGAAGACCAUGUAAUGGGGGACACCGACAUGACCAGCCUCAAUGGUCAUGGAAGCGGAACGCAAAUGAACGACGAUGACACUGCCUCAGAUAAUAGCAUAUAUCAUGAGGAUAGUGAGCCAAGCGUUAUAGAGGAAACCAUUGCCAAGCUACAGAUGCGCCGUGGUUUGCUCCCCACAGGCUGCUGUUACGAUGAUCGAAUGAAGCUUCACAUGAACGCCGACUUCAGUCCAAAUACCCACCAUCCUGAGGAUCCCCGGCAAUCGGAGCUACCAAGAAUUAUGAAGGACUGUCCAACCAAGUACAUGUGGAGGAUUCCAGCUCGGCCUGCCACUCGGGAAGAGAUUUGCCUGGCUCAUUCCCCUGAGCACCUUGCUUGGGUGGAAAAUCUGGACACAAUCAGUACGGCUGAGCUUCGUUCAUUGACAAGGCAAUUCGACCAGGGCCGCGAAUCUCUCUAUGUCGGGAGCAUGUCUUACCCCGCUGCCCUUUUGUCCGUUGGUGGUGCCAUCGAAACCUGCAAAAGCGUGGUUACCGGACAAGUCAAAAACGCCUUUGCUGUUAUCCGACCUCCUGGGCACCAUGCUGAAUUUGAUCAGCCCAUGGGAUUUUGCUUCUUUAACAAUGUUCCCGUGGCAAUCAGGGUGUGCCAGCAAGACUAUCCAGACCAAUGCCGCAAAGUCCUCAUCUUGGACUGGGACGUCCACCAUGGCAACGGUACCCAAAACAUCUUUUACCAGGAUCCCAACGUCCUCUAUAUAUCCAUUCAUGUCUACCAAAAUGGACAGUUUUACCCUGGACAAGGAUUGGGCAAGAACAUCAAUAUUGGCUGGCAUGACCAAGGCAUGGGUGACGGCGAAUACAUGGCGGCAUUCCAAAAGAUUGUGAUGCCCAUCGCAAAGGAGUUCAAUCCGGAUCUAGUGGUCAUAUCAGCAGGCUUCGACGCUGCAGACGGAGAUGAGUUGGGUGGCUGCUUCGUUACACCUGCUUGCUACGCCCACAUGACGCACAUGCUCAUGUCUCUCGCGGACGGCAAAGUUGCCGUCUGCCUGGAAGGCGGCUAUAACCUCCAGGCAAUUUCAAGCUCUGCGGUAGCCGUUGCAAGAACUUUGAUGGGAGAGCCGCCGCCAAAGCUUGCUCUCCCCAAGAUUAACAAAGAGGCAGCCAGAACAUUAGCGAAAGUGCAAGCGUAUCAGGCCCCUUACUGGGAAUGCAUGCGGCCCGGAAUCGUCGACGUGCCUGAUGUUCAGUCUCUCAAUGCCGACAGACUUCAUGAUGUCAUCAGAAACGCGCAGCGCCAAGUUAUGCAGUCAAAAUACGGCAUGAUCCCGCUCUACAUACAACGAGAGCUCAUCUCAAAGUCAUUUGAAAACCAAGUGCUAGUCACACCAAACCUACACGAUGCACAGAAGAUUCUUGUCAUUCUACAUGAUCCGCCUCAAUUACUAGCCCAAGUGGAUGUGGCAGAAACUACUGUAGAUGCUCAUAAUACAUGGGUGGUUGACGGGGUAAUGGAAUACAUUGGGUGGGCCGUUGGCCAGAACUUUGGUGUCAUGGAUAUCAAUGUUCCAGCUUAUGUUACCCAUGAAGAGGACAUUGAUGCUUUCACCCCUGAAUUUAACGAGAAAGAGAUCCAGGAGCAAAUCCUGUCGCUCAUUUGCUAUCUCUGGGAUAACUUUCUCCAGCUUUACGAAACCAACGAAAUCGUCUUGCUUGGCGUCGGCAAUGCAUACCUUGGAGUUAAAGUUCUCUUAAUAAACAGAGACUGCAAAGACAAGAUUGCGGGAAUUGUCAACUUUGUGACUGGCAACCUGAGACCCGUCAAGUCUGAUGUUGACAACGAACUCUCGUCUUGGUACAAGGAAAACUCGCGCGUCUACGUGGCGGGAGACCACGCCUGCUGGUCCGACCCCGACUUGACACGAAAAGUCCACAAGAGACGCUUCGGAACGGUCGUGCGCAGCAAGAUGGUUGGGCUCAACCACAUGAUGCAAGCGCACGCCGAGGAAGCCCAUGAAUGGAUUUUGAAAAGAGUGACGAACAACCCCGACGGAGACACGACUGAGGAGGACAACCCUUGA